AUGCACUUCGCAUACCCCCCACGGAAGAGCUCCAACCCGCCCCCCUUCAGGGCCAGGUCCUCAAGGAUACCGCCAUUCCUUCGACGAAGCAGGAUAAAACUCAUUGCCGCUGGUGCUCUCGCAUUUUUUGGCUUCAUUUACCUGUUGUCUGGGGCCUUCAAACCAAGCAGUGGCCCUCGGAUGCCGUCGGGCAAUCCCCCUGUUGUGAUAGUGACAGCGCUAGACGAAACUGCCUACGGCAAAAACUACCUGGCGAGUGUUCGCGACAAUAGAAAUCGAUAUGCACAGCUCCAUGGAUACGAGGUGAUGUUUACAAAUGCGGGCGACUACGAUCUUAACGGCUCACCGGCGUCAUGGAAUAAAGUGGUAUCACUGAGGCACGCGAUUACCAAGUACCCAGACGCAAGCUGGUUCUGGUAUUUGGAUCAGGAUUCCUACAUCAUGGAUACCCAGCCGUUGGAAAGCUUGCUAUUGAACGCGGAGAAGAUCGAGAGCCUAAUGUUGAAGGAUCAUCCGGUUGUGCCACCAGACAGCAUCAUCAAGACUUUCCCCCACUUGAAAGGUCAGGACAUUGACUUUGUUCUUACUCAAGACCGAGAGGGCCUGUCUGCAGGAAGCUUCUUCAUCCGUAAUGGAGAGUGGGCAAAAUUCUUUAUUGACACGUGGUUCGAUCCGCUGUACCGCAGUUACAACUUCCAGAAGGCUGAGGGACAUGCCUUGGAGCACAUUGUGCAAUGGCACCCUACCAUCCUUUCGAGACUCGCUAUCGUGCCGCAGAAGGCUUUCAACUCCUACAAUAGAUACGACAAGGGCGAAAUGUUCCAGGACGGUGAUCUUGUUGUCCGAGCUGCUGGCUGCACUGCAUCCGGAGAGCGGUCCUGUGAACAGGAGCUGGAAAGCUACAACACGAAGUGGCAUGCAAUUUUCAAGACAUAA